AUGUCCAUUUCUGGGACGCUUAGCAGCUAUUAUGUCGACUCGAUCAUAAGUCACGAGAGCGAGGACGCGCCUCCAGCCAAGUUUCCUUCGGGCCAGUACGCGAACCCGCGGCAGCCGAGCCACGCCGAGCACCUGGACUUCCCCUCGUGCAGUUUCCAGCCCAAAGCGCCGGUGUUCGGCGCCUCCUGGGCGCCGCUGAGCCCGCACGCGUCCGGGAGCUUGCCGUCGGUCUACCACCCCUACCUGCAGCCCCAGGGCGCGCCGGCGGCCGAGAGCAGGUACCUCCGUACCUGGCUGGAGCCUGCGCCGCGCGCCGAGGCCGCCCCGGGGCAGGGCCAGGCGGCGGUGAAGGCGGAGCCGCUGCUGGGCGCGCCGGGGGAGCUGCUCAAACAGGGCACGCCCGAGUACAGUUUGGAAACUUCGGCGGGCAGGGAGGCUGUCCUGUCUAAUCAAAGAGCCGGCUACGGGGACAAUAAAAUUUGCGAAGGAAGCGAGGACAAAGAGAGGCCGGAUCAAACCAACCCCUCUGCCAACUGGCUGCACGCCCGCUCUUCCCGGAAAAAGCGCUGUCCCUACACCAAAUACCAGACGCUGGAGCUAGAGAAGGAGUUUCUGUUCAAUAUGUACCUCACCAGGGACCGCAGGCAUGAAGUGGCCAGGCUCCUCAAUCUGAGUGAGAGACAAGUCAAAAUCUGGUUUCAGAACCGGCGGAUGAAAAUGAAGAAAAUGAAUAAGGAGCAGGGCAAAGAGUAA